AUGAAGAGUUGGCUUAAGUCAGAGUUUGAGAUGAAGGAUUUAGGAGUUGCAACUAAGAUCCUAGGAAUUGGUAUACAGAGAGAUAGAGACAAAGGGGUUCUAAUUCUGUCUCAAGAUGACUACAAAAGGAAAAUUCUCAGCAAGUUCUCAAUGAAGGAAGCAAAGACUACUAAACAACCUAUGACUAAUCAAUUCUACCUAAGUAAGGAACAAUGCCCUAAAACACAAGCUGAAAUAGAAGCAAUGAGUAAGGUGCCUUAUUCUAAUGCAGUAGGGUCAAUUAUGUAUCUAAUGGUAUGUACUCGACCAGAUCUAGCCUAUGCUAUAAGUAUACUGAGUAAAUACAUGUCAAAUCCAGGAGGGGAACACUGGGAGGCUAUGAAGUGGGUAUUCAGGUACUUACUUGGGACUACUGAGAUUGGUCUUAAGUUUUCUAAGCAACAAAAUUGUACACUAGUUGAAGGAUACAGUGAUGCAGACUAUGCAGGUGACAGAGAUAACAUGAAAUCUACUUCUGCCUAUUUCUUCCUAGUUGGAGGAAACUGUGUAAGUUGGAGAGUACAAUUACAGCCAGUAGUGGCCCUAUCCACUACAAAAUCAGAGUAUGUUGCAGUAACUGAAGCUAUAAAAGAGGCUAUCUAA